AUGUCUUACGGUGGUUACGGAGCACCUCCCCCGCCUGGAGGUCCAUACGGUGGAUACGGCGGGCCACCCCCAGGUGGACCGCCACCUCCAGGCGGAGGAUAUGCUUACGGUGGAGGAUUUGCCCCGCCGCCAGGACCACAAGGACCCCCUCCCGGCGCUGAUCCUCAACUUUGGAACUGGUUCAGCGCUGUUGAUACCGAUAGAUCAGGUGCUAUCACCGUUAGUGAAUUAGAGCGCGCAUUGAUCAAUGGCGAUUGGACUCCUUUUGAUUUGGAUACUGUAAAGCUCUUGAUGUCGAUAUUCGACACUGAUCGCAGCGGAACUAUCGGAUUCAACGAAUUUGCUGGACUUUGGAAGUACAUCAAGGACUGGCAAAAUGUCUUCCGACACUUUGACCGCGAUCGAUCAGGGUCUAUCGACGGAAAUGAGCUUCGAGAUGCUCUGGCGCAGUUCGGUUACCGACUGUCUCCGCCGCUUCUCGACUCAGUCCAGCGGAAGUACGAUAUUAAAGCAUCUUCAGCGGUCGGUCACGGACCACCUCCUGGUAUCUCCUUCGAUCGUUUUGUUCGCGCUUGCGUCGUGGUAAAGCAACUCAGCGAGGCAUUCGGACGCCUUGACACCGAUCACGACGGAUGGAUUCAGAUCAAUUACGAUCAGUUUAUGCAGACGGUGCUCAGCCUGCCUUGA